CAAGGUUUGUUCGCGAGGCGUUUGGACUUAAGCGGGACGGGGGCGUCACUAGUGAAUGGGCAUGUCCAGUAGCUUCUUCCCCGGCUUGCGAGUAGGACGCCUCCAGUAUCGUCUCCCGUUGCUUUCAGGGUCGCCUCCAUCUCAUCUGCUUCCACGCCAUUUUCUUCAAUCCACUCUCCUUCUUCUUCCGAUCAACAGCGUCGGCAGGAGCAGAGCCAUCCGCUUUCCAUCGCUCUCCACCUCUCCGUCGGCUCAAAGCAGAUCGUCGGUGAGAGCGGUUGCCACCGCUUCAGCGUCCUCCGAAAUGGUGAAAGCUAUCAGAGUUCAUGAGUUCGGUGGACCCGAGGUCUUAAAGUGGGAGGAUGUGGAAAUAGGUGAACCCAAGGAGGGAGAGAUUCGCGUGAAGAACAAGGCCGUCGGGAUCAACUUCAUCGAUGUAAUUUUCCGUAAAGGGGUAUUCAAGGCACCCACCAUGCCCUUCACACCAGGCAUGGAGGCUGUUGGUGAGGUAGUAGCUGUGGGACCUGGACUAACUGGAAGGAAAGUUGGAGAUAUUGUAGCCUAUGCUGGCGGUGCAAUUGGCUCAUAUGCUGAAGAACAAAUUCUCCCAGCAAGUAAAGUUGUGCCCGUCCCUCCUUCUAUUGAUCCGGUUAUUGCAGCAUCAGUCAUGCUGAAGGGCAUGACAGCUCGAACACUCCUGCGCCGCUGCUUUAAGGUCGAGAAUGGACACAAAAUCCUAGUCCAUGCUGCAGCUGGUGGAGUUGGAUCCCUAUUGUGCCAAUGGGCUAAUGCCCUCGGGGCAACUGUCAUUGGUACUGUCUCAACUAAAGAAAAGGCAGCUCAAGCUAAGGAUGAUGGUUGUCAUCAUGUUAUUAUCUACACGGAAGAGGAUUUUGUUUCUCGUGUUAAGGAGAUUACGUCAGGAAAUGGGGUUGAUGUUGUCUAUGACUCAGUAGGAAAGGACACAUUUCAGGGAUCCUUGGAAUGCUUGAAGAUUAGGGGCUACAUGGUGAGCUUUGGGCAGUCCUCGGGAAACCCAGAUCCAGUCCCAUUGUCGGCUCUUGCGCCAAAGUCCCUCUUUUUGGCAAGGCCCAGCGUCAUGCUUUACACCAGCAGUCGGGACGAGUUGCUGGAAGCUGCUGGAGAGGUAUUUGCCAGUGUGGCCUCGGGUGUUUUAAAGGUUCGCGUGAAUCACAGAUACCCACUGUCCGAAGCGGCGAAGGCACAUGCCGAUCUUGAAAGCCGGAAGACAUCUGGGUCAGUCGUGUUGAUUCCGUAGGGAAGGCAAAGCAGUUAAGUCCUCUGUGUUCAUGUCUAUCGAGGCUACUUGGAGUGCUGAGGCUCGAGACCCUCAUAAAUAAGUUUUCUAUGCCGGGAUGUUUCUCUUCAGAUGAUUAGCAAGGUCUCCUUCCUUCCCUGGAACAGGUGUGAUUAGCGGCUUCUAAACAUUCCUAUAUAAUAAAACAAAAGAUGUGUGUUCUGCUUGCCAGGGA